CCAACAAAUUCUCCCAUCCGGGAUGCAAGUGACCUUCAUCAAAGACAAGGACACUAAUAAGAUUCUGUCACAAAGUAUUGAAGACCCAUCCCUUCUGCAACCAGAAAUCACCGUCAUUACAGCAUACUUUAACAUUGGCUCCUUCGCCAAAGGAAGCAAGUCUAACAUGUACACACCUAGCCGUUAUAUGAACUGGAUGAAGGUGUUUGGCCGAAUCAGGAACAACCUUGUGGCUUAUACGGAUUCCAGAGAUGUCUUUGAUUUACUCACGGGCCUCAGACGUAGGUUCCCUAGCAACAUUACAAAGGUAUUCCUUAUAGAUAGGGCCAAUCUGUGGUCCUUCUCUUUGGCGCAGGAAAUUCGAAAUAUUUACAUUCAGCCUAACUAUCCACGUCAUCAUCCAAACACAGUAAAUGAGAACUACUCAUGCGCGAUGCAUGCAAAGUUUGAGCUAGUUAACAAAGUCUUAAUGGAAGAACUGUUUCCUACCAAAUAUUUUUGUUGGUUGGAUAUUGGACUCUUUCGUGGUCUUGUUGACGAUACCUCGAUGUUCAAGCUUCAAGUACCAAACGAAUGGGACAAAAGGAAAGUCGCCUAUAGCCGUGUGUCUAAUUUUAAUGAUAAAGCAACAACAGAAAGCGUAAUCAAAGGAAACCAGGUAUGGGUAGGUGGUGCCAUGUUUCUUGGAACGCCUGAAGUGUUGCACAAUUAUACUGAAGACUACAUGAAUACAGUCAAGAUGUUGCUGAAACGACGUUUAAUGAACACCGACCAGCAGGUCAUAUACUCAAUGUAUCUCCCACUGUCUGAUUUCAAGCCUCGAGUACAAAUCCAGUUAUUUUCCCAAACGAAAAGCCGGUAUGAUCCAUGGUUUUACCUUGGUUACUUGUGCAGGGAGACAUGGCAGAACGGUCAAAAUUUUGCACGCAAGAAUAGUUCAAGCCUGACUUCCAGAACUGAAGAAUAAAUUGAAAAAGGAGUCCAACUCAUGUCAAGUAUACAACAACCUAAACGGCUCCAUUUGGAUUUUCACCAUACAUACUGAGUCAAACUAGAAACUUCACAAUCAUACAUUAAAUGAUAUAUAAAAGAAAGGACACAAGAGUGUGGUAUAGAAGUUAUCAUUUAUUUGUUAAGGUAGAUAGGAUCAACGGAGAAAAAACACAGUGCCCAAAAUAGGCUCCAUGUGGUUACAGAAAUUAUCAAUAAAAGGCGUAAACAAAGUGUCAAGUCACAAGAAA